AUGAUGGAUGAUGAUGUGAUUCAGUGGAGGUUUGGAAAUGGAAACAUUUUAAUAGCUGAAAUCAAUAAACGGGCCGACAGCAUGACUGUAUAUGAUGAUGUUCUUUAUGGGAGAUUCAGAGACAGACUGAAGCUGGACAAUCAAACUGGAUCUCUGACCAUUACAAACACCAGAAUUAGACAGGCUGGACGUUAUAAACUACAGAUCAACAGUGUGAGAAAUUAUUUUACUCUCAUUGUCUAUGAUGAAAUAUCAGUGCUGGAGGGAGAUUCAGUCACUCUAAACUCUGGUCUUCCUGAAAUAGUGGAGGGUGAUCAAAUUCAGUGGUGGUUUGGGCAUAAAAGCUCUUUAAUAGCUGAAAUCAAUCAACAGGCUGACGACAUCACUGUAAAUAAUCAAUUCAGACACAAGCAGGACAAUCAAACUGGAUCUCUGACCAUCACAAACACCACAACUGAAGAUGCUGGACGUUAUAAACUACAGAUCAACAGUGUGAGCAAGAGUUUCAGUCUCACUGUCAACGCUCGUCUGCCUGUUCCUGUCAUCAGCAGAGACUGUUCUUCAUCAUCAUCAUCUUCAUCAUCAUCUUGUUCAUUGGUGUGUUCAGUGGUGAAUGUGAGUCAUGUGACUCUCUCCUGGUACAAAGGAAACAGUUUAUUGUCCAGCAUCAGUGUGUCUGAUCUCAGCAUCAGUCUCUCUCUACCUCUGGAGGUGGAAUAUCAGGAUAAAAACAGCUACAGCUGUGUGCUCAACAAUCCCAUCAGCAACCAGACCACACAUCUGGACAUCAGUCAACUCUGUCAACUCUCUGCUCUGGUGGGCGUGGCUACUGUCAUUCUUCUGGUUUAUGACAUCAGAUCCAGAAGAGCUGAUAAAGAUCAAGCACAGAUUCACACAUCAGAGGUCACAUCAGUGAUCUUUCAUGUUUGA